AGCAAUUAUAUAUCCAUAUUAUAGCGAUAGAUUAAAACCGGAAUCAGGAUAUAAUGACGGCUAAAGGUCUGGUUAUAGCAACAAUCUUAUUUGCCUGGAUUGCUCCAUCAGAAGAAAGAGGACUGUUAUGCUACACGUGUUUUAAAGCCAGGAACCCAGACCUUUGUCAUGCUGCCACACAAUGUGAACUAGAAAAGAACGCCCAACUUUGUGGAACUCGCAGAUACAUGGAUAUCUAUGGACAUACAACAUACGAAAAAGGAUGCGUACCCAGAGAAAUGUGUCCGAAUUCAAGAAACAUCGCCCAGUUCAGGCCGGUCGGACGCCGUCGCCGUCGCCAGGCCAUUGACAUCAUACAAUGCUGCGAUACUGAUUAUUGCAAUAUAGAUCAAUUCAAACCAGCGCCUACGACUCCUGUUCCUGAUGUCUCUACAGGUUCGUGUCAGUCACAAGAUGCAGAGCAUUGUACAGUUUGGUCAAAUGCUAUGAAAUUUGACAUUUGUAAUGAACAAAUAGUGGCGAAUCAUUUGUGUCGUCACUAUUGUGGACGCUGUGGUGUUGAAGUUACAACUGAUCAACGAGAAGUGUGCAUAGACGACCCAAUAUGUCCGGUGUUAAGUAAAACGUUUUCUAUAUGUUCAGACGAAACGACAGCAGUGAAAGUAUGUCCGCAAACAUGCAAAAGAUGUGGUGACGUCUUAACUUCAACAAGUAGCAUGCCUUCCGAAAAAUUUACUACUGUAAAAUCUAUGCAUACAUCACAGACAACGCAUCCAAAUGAAAGUACUGCAUGUAAAGAUCUAUUAUCGCGAUAUAAUCAAAAAAUCGUUUGUAGCGAUAAAUUUAUAUCAAAGAUAUGUCCAAUUACUUGUAAUGCUUCCGGUACAAUGCAGUCAUCCAUGAACAGUACAGAUAUGCCAACUUCCAGUGGAGCCACUUCUGACGGAACAACCACUGUCUCAAACAGGAUAACGCCAAUAACUGGGAUACCUAAUUUCAGCGGAAACGGUUCUUCAAAUAAUUCGAGUGGUAUAACAAAAACAAACAACAGCACUAGUCCUACUACAACUACAACCAGUUUACCAGUGAAAACCCACCCACACUGCCGAGACCUUGACCCAAAUUGUCCAUAUUUGCAAAAAAGUGUCAACAUAUGUUCGAAUGCUGAAGUUGCCCUCGGAAUAGGAUGUCAUCUUACAUGUGGAUAUUGCAGUAACCACUUUCCUUGUGCCGAUUUGGAUGGUUCGACAAAAUAUUGUCAAUAUGAAUCGAGGGAUGUUGUCUGCUAUGAUGAGCAAUCAGUGAUUAAAUCCCAGUGUUAUUCUACAUGUGGACGCUGUGAUCUAUUUUGUGAUAUCAACCCAUUAUUAUGCCAGCCUAUCCAAACGACAACGCCACCUGAUGACAAAGCCUGUAAAGACAACGAUACACACCAUUACUGCAAAGAAAUCAACAUUGAUGUGGACUGCUUCAACGAACAGCACAUAAUUACUUCCGGUUGCUACUCAACAUGUCAUCGGUGUGAUCUGGAUCCAAAUUCUGGUGUAACACUUCCUGUGGUAACAAUGGAUUCAACUGUUGCCUUGGUAACCAAAGAACCGGGAAACUUUCAAACGACUCCCUCUGGUGACAAGUCGUGUCUAGACCAUGAAAAUCAGCACAUGCACUAUUGUCAUCUUCUAGAUAAAGAUAUAGUGUGUCAGAAUGAACUAUACAUCAAAAGUUAUGGGUGUUUUUCUACUUGUUCUCGCUGUGAUCUUCUAAAAAAACCAACAACAACAAAUAAUGAAAUAACAACAGAAACGAUAACACCUAGUGUGACAACCCCUGUCGUCAACGAAGAAGCAACCUCAGAAUCAUGGACGACGAAAGAACUAUCGACUUCAGAAGAAUUGUCGACUACCGACGCUGCAAUAUCAACAACAGACGAAGUGUCAACAACAGACGAAGUGUCAACGACGACUGAAGAAGUUUCAACAACAGAAGAAGUGUCAACGACUGAAGAAGUGUCAACAUCUGAAGAGGUGAAAAUAACUGAAGAAGUUUCAACAACAGCAGAGGUGUCAACGACAGAGGACGCAACGACUGAGUCAAUCUCGACCACAGAGGAAAUGACGUCACAAAUGACAACAGAAGAAACCACAAUAGAAACAACAACUGAACAAACCACAGAGUCUAUGACAACAACAGAUGAACAGACGACAACAGCUGAACAGACGACAACAGUAGAUCCUUUCGCAGCAUGCAAAGGUCCUAUUACAAAAAAUGCUGGAGAGUUUUACUUGAUGCGUAACAAUGGUUUCCUUAGUUUUAUGUCAACCUUUAAAUUACAUUUAUCAUCGUCUAAAGUUAAAUGGUUAGUUAUAUACAACCCUGAUAUCGGACUAUGUCAAAACAUAUCGAUCUUUAAUGCUUCACAAGUAAUCGAUAUUCCAUCAGAAUUCAAAGUCACUAGAAACGAAAUUGAAAAGAAAGGAGUACACAUACUUACGUCCAGCAAAACUGAUUUAUAUGCCUUAUAUAAAGAUUCAAUUACAAAUGAAGGAUUUUUUGUUUUACCUAAAGAAAAGCUAUCAACAUCGUAUGUUAUUCCGUCUUUCGUCCCUUCUGGAGGUGGGGAAUCGUUUAUCGGAAUCGUUGCAACAACCGUCAAUACAGACGUAAAUAUAACAUUGAAAUUACUCGAGAAGACUGAAACGAUAAGUUAUAACAAUACGAACUAUGGAGAUGGGGAUACAAUUUCCAUUCACUUAGCAGAAAGGGGAACCCUUGAACUUUCAAGUAAUACUGAUCUCACAGGUACGAUAGUCCAAUCAAACAAAGAUAUCGGAGUGCAGUCUGGGGUUGAUGGGGCAAAAGUACCCUUGAAUAGUGGUUUGAUGAACCAGUUAUUGGAAAUGGUACCUCCAGUUAAAGAACUAGGAACGUCAUUUUUUAUACCACCAUUAUUUGACAACAAACAAUUUAUAUUACGUUUAAUCGCUACAAAUCCAAAUACAUCCAUCACUCUCCUCGGCAAACAUUUCAAACAAGCCACAAAAGUAGUCGACAAAAUUGGGGGUUACAUAGAUAUAAACAGCAACGCCUCUAUAAAAGUAGAAUCUGACAAACCAAUAAUGGCAGUUUAUUAUCAACAGGGAGAAACUAAACCAGUCGUUCCUUUCAUGGUUAUUAUCAAACCAGAAGGGAAGCUGGGAGGGGUUCAAGAGUUUACCAUUCCUAAUGAUGGGUUAAGACACCAUAUUCUUAUUACCACCAAGAGUACUGAAUAUUCCUUUCUUCAGAUUGACGGCAAAGGUAUUAUUUAUAAAAACCCACAUGUGUACGAUACACAAAGUUUAAAUUCUUCUUACGUUGUUGCGAGGGCGGAUAUCGGACCGGGACAUCAUACUAUCAGUUCUUUAUACCCGAUGGUUGUGAAAGUGAAACCCGGAAUUAUCAUCUAUGCCGAUUCCGACAAUGACAUUGCUUAUGGCUACCCUGUGUAAAAUGGUGUCCACAUUGUAACCUUACACGGAUAUAUGAAGACUAUAAACGUAAUAAAUCGUAUGGAAUGCUUAAUAUAUUUAUGUUAUAUUAAUGAAAAAGAAAAAAUACUAUCCUAGAACAGAAAGGAUGCAAUAAAAUAACAAAAUAAAAUGCUGUGAAAAAGUUUAUUAUUAAAAUUAUAGAAAUAAAAAUA